AGAGCCCCGCCGCUCCGUUCUUCACGCCCGAUUUGUUUCUCGGCGCCCUCGCAGGACUCUUCGCAGGACAAGAUGAGAAUCGUCCCUCUGCUCGUGCAGCUGGCCGUCUGCAUUGCCAUCGGCUAUGCUAAGAAGUGCCAUCGGUGUACCCUGACCGGGGACACGUGGGACUUUGCUGGAAAUUGCCCCAACCAGGCUACUGACUGCCCUUCACCAGGAGUCUACAAAUGCUCCAUCACUAAAACCAUGAAUGCUCAGAACCAAGUCUCCUACACGAUGGGCUGCACGGAAUCAUCCCAAUGUUCAAAUGUCCCAGACACUGUAUGCUGUGCAAAUGAUGGCUGCAACUCGCUCGACAUGGGCAAGAUCAAGCAGGCAUGCCAAUCAGGUCAAUGAAGCCAAGACGACAUGCAGCAGUAAUCUCAACACUUGUCUGGCAAAGAUCGCUAACGCCAAGCAGUGCAACGAAGAUCUCCACUGCCAUUCAUGUAACCUUGACACCAACGACUUUGACAACUGGGACUUCGCUGCCACAUGUGCCCCCACCAAAUGUACAAAUGGAAAGCAAUGCGUCAUCACUAAGACGCCUGGUGUUAGCUCGGCCACCUACGCUGUGGGCUGCAGCACAGACGUCCAAUGCAAUGCUAACACACAGAUGUGCUGUUCGACUGAUAACUGCAACAACUGGCUCAACAUGACCAAUGUUAAUAAAACAUUGCAAGCGUUCCAGACGGCCAAAGCGACAUGCAGCAACCCCACCAAGCUUCCCAAGGACUGCGUGGACCAGAUCACCGAGGCUAAGAAAGCCCAGACCAGUGGUGUGGGGGGGCUGCGUGGUGGUUUGGGCCUGCCUUUGAUCACGGCCAUCAGCGUGAUUGUGUUGGUGGUACUGGGCUAACACCCCGUGCGGCCCCCUCCCCCUUUUCCCUCUUUCACCCUGCAAAGCAUGAAGAGCCUAAAAAAAGCAGAAAAACAAAAUCUGAAAAAAGCCACCUUUCCGUGACAUGCUAAUGCUACGUCACAUCUUUCCAACAUCCGAGCCCCUUCUUUGUUGUUAGCGCUUACUGAGGAGACAAAUAUUUCUAGAGCACUUUUAAAUGUCGGGAAUAAGUGACGUGAGGGAGUCAUGUACUGUACAUUGGAAAGUGGCUCUUGUCAAUAAAAUGGAUUGUUAGUCACGUAGCAACAAAAGCAAGGCGGAAUGUCAUCAAAUAGAUUUUCAUCGCCGCAAUGACCAACAUUGAACGCUAAUUCUAUUCAUCAACUACCUUGACAAUAUCUAUUCACAGCAGGGUGUCCAACCCUGGGGCCCAUCUGCCGCCCACCUCUGCUAUUUUUAUCGGCCUCUGGCACGUGCUAAAAUAAUUUGGCAAGAAAACAGCCAAAACGCGACCAUCGGCGGAAAAAUUGAUAGUUGAAUCAAGUCAUACUGGGAAAAACACUCAGCUGGUUAAAUUUGGGAAAGAAUAUUGCAACAAAAUCAACGAUUUGACAAGAAUAAAGUCCAAAUAGGAAGACAAGUGGUAGCCUCAUGACAAAAAGUAUUUUUACAAGAUUGAAGUGGUAAAAUGAUUUUCGGUUCAAGUUGAAAAGUUGCAAUAUUCUGAAAGCUGUAAUAGUUUGGCAAUUUAGGUUGCGCAAGAAUUUGUUCGGAGCAUGUUGCAGUUGUAGAGUUAAAAUCGAUGAUGGGGUGCUCCGAUCGAUAAUAUCGGCCAAUUUCCGUGACGAAUCAGGAGAUGGGAUAUGCCGAUAAAUGUAGAUGACAGAAGCCAUCCCCUGUUGCAGGUCCGCAGCCACCCUUUGGUGCACCCAACUGACGUCUCAUGCAUUACGUGAAUUUUGGGGGCUCGAACGGCGGCUCACGCAGCCAUGUGCUUAACGCUGACAUGUCUGCGCGCCGGAAGGCUGAGCUGAUAAACACCAAAAAUAAGCGCACCAGGUGAGCAGCCGGCGCAACCUGGAAGUUCCACCAAAGUACUCCGGGUGAGUUUGUGCUUCAUGUUUGAUUUGUAAUGACCUAUUUUUUGGGCCCCCUGGCAGCCAAGGGGUCUUGGAAUCGUCCUGCUCGAUACGGCACCCCAGUCCGAUAGCGCUAGUAAUGAUAGCAUUGUUAGCAUGACAUUACUGGCCAAUAGCAUUCUAAACCCAUUGAAAAAUGUAUCAUUUUAUCCAUGUCUACCUGUAUCGGCCGAUUUGAGUCCCGGAUCAUCGGUAUCUGAAUCAGAAGCCUAAAAGCCUGAUCGGAGCACCCCUCGUUGAAAUAGUUGGAAAAUAAAAAAGACCAAAAAGCGUUCGUUUCACCAGAUUUCCAAAGAUGAAGAGAAAAAUGUUAAUUGUGAUUAAUUUGACAAGAAUAAGCUCAUAAUAUCAGGAGAAAAACAUUUUAAACAGCAUUUAGUCAAAGUAAGGACGUUAUGACACAAUCAUUGUCAAAAUUGGAUUGUGAGAAGAAUGUCAAAAUGAUGGAAA